CGGACUGUUCACUCAGAGGAAGCGACAACUGCGGACGCACUCCACCCAGCACAACAGAGAAAAGACGUCACUUCAUCACAGUCUGCAGAGAUGGAGAACAUGAAGAGUGCGAGGAAAAACGACACAGGGGAAGUCGGCAGUGAUUUAUCCGAGCAGAUUAAAGCAGCCACUAAAGACAACCAUGUGAGAGCUGAAAACACACAGCUAAUGCUGAGUUACCAGAAGGGACAGAUUACCCUGCCGCAGUACAAGGUGCUGUUGUGCUCCCUCUAUGAGAUCUACAAGGCCCUGGAAGAGGAGCUGGACAGGAAUUCAUCCCAUCCAGCUGUUGCACCGAUAUACUUCCCUCAGGAACUCGCCCGCCUGGAGUCUCUUGAAAGAGAUCUGGAGCAUUUUUUUGGCUCAGACUGGAGGAAGAGUGUGAUCGUUCCUGCAGCGACACACAGAUAUGAACAGAGGCUGCGUGAGAUUGGCAAGAAGAACCCAGUGCUGUUGGUGGCACACGCAUACACUCGUUACCUCGGUGACCUGUCAGGAGGUCAAGUGCUGGGCAAAAUUACCCAGAAGUCUCUCGGGCUGAGCAGCAAAGAGGGUCUUUCGUUUUUCUCCUUCCCUGGUGUGACCAGUCCUCACCGCUUCAAGCAGCUGUACAGGAGCCGGAUGAACAGCAUCGAGCUGACAGAGGAGGGGAGGGCGGAGGUGCUGAAGGAGGCUGUGUCAGCAUUCGAGUUCAACAUCCAGGUUUUUGAUGACUUGCAGAAAAUGCUGAGUGUCACAUCCCCCUACCAGUCAAACAGCAACCACCCGACUACCGUGCUCCCGACCUCACACAUCAUGCAGCUCACCGUGGGACUGUGUGUCGCACUGGCCACUAUCGGAAUGGGAAUCUACGCCUUGUAGUUUUCACCUGCACUUGUAAUUUAUAUGUACAAACAGCACUUUACUACUUUACUAAUCAUUUCAUACGACAAAUGCUAUCAAGACCAACAUUUUCUAUACAAUCAAAUCACAGCUGACAGUGAUUAACCUGUUAAUCAUCAUUUGUACGUUACUAUUAAACAUUCACAGUGUGAAAACUG